AUGGCUCAGCCCGCUGCGACAAAAUCUGAUAAUGGUGACGAGCUCGAGGAACCCCUCACUACGCCUGGGGGCACGGAGGCCAGCGCCAUGUUUGCCGAAGACUCGCAGCCCCUGGAUGACUAUGACGAGCUUCAUGAUCUCAGCAUUCAUCACGUCGGCCGAGGCCCACAGGCAACCGAAGAUGUUGCCGACGAGCAAGCACCCAGCGAAGCUGCACGCCUAGAAGCUUCGCGCCAACGUCUUCAUCUGUCCAGUACGGAAGGGACCAGUAGCCUAGGGGCUGCUCCCGCGGCUGCCUCUGAAAGCUCAAACGCCGAAGCCGGUCACGACGUCAGCUGGAAGGAUCACGACAAGCACGUCUUCAUCCUCAGCAAUGCCGGCAAACCCAUUUACACCCGCCAUGGCCAUGAGGAGCAACACGUCACCUUGAUGGGUGUCAUGUCCGCCCUGGUCUCCUUUGUGGAGAACGAUCGGGACGAACUGAGAUGGUUCCGCGCUGGUCAGCAAAUCUUUGUCUUUUUGCAACGCGGGCCCCUCUAUCUCGUCAUGAUCUCCCGCACGGGCGAAUCCCAUACACAUCUGGCGGUGCAGUUGACAUAUGUCUACAACCAGAUCUUGUCCUCGCUGACCCUCACCCAAUUGCAGCGUCUCUUUGAGAAUAAGGCUAGCUUUGAUCUACGCGACGUGCUAGGGGGCACGGAAAAGUUUACGGACAGUCUCAUCGAUCGAAUGACCGAUGACCCCUCGUUUUUCCUCUCGGCUAUCAAGUGUCUGCGCAUGCCCCAAGCUCAUCGUGACAAAAUUGGCGGCAUCAUCAAUGCACAGCGCUGCAAGGAAUUGCUGUUUGCCGUCCUGGUAGCCGACAACCAACUCGUCACCUUAGUGCGCAACAAGCGCCAUAGCUUGCCACCACAAGACUUGCUGUUGCUUAUGAAUAUGGUUGCCGCUUCUGGCACGUUCAAGGAGGCUGAAAAUUGGAUGCCCAUUUGCUUGCCCAAAUUUCACAGUGGUGGCUUUCUGCAUGCCCACGUUUCAUAUAUUGACAGUGAGUCAAGGACGUGCUUGUUUCUGAUCAGCACGCAGGCCGAGGCGUUUUACGUGUUGUCUGAAGCCCGAGCUACCAUGCUGCGCAUGAUGAGCAGUCAGGGCUGCUUGGAUGACAUUGAGACGGCACUCCAGCGCCAAGACUAUGAGCCAUGUACGCCCAGCACACGCGCAUGCCUAAAUGCCCAUCUGCCCCUCUGCCCUAACCCAGCUGGCUAUAAUACGUCGUUCUCACCAAUUCUAAAUUGCUGGCUGGCUACAGCCGUCGUUGGUGUACCGCAAUUGCGCCACUUCAUUUACAAGAACAAGAGCACCGCACAGUUCACAUCACCACAGCUGAUUGGCCCUUAUACCAUGUUGAAGCACGCCCGACGAUUGCAACGCAAUUACCAACACGUUCAUCACUUUAUGCACUCGGGAGCCGUGCCGUUGCAAAUUAUGUACCAUGCCCAAUCCGACGAAAUUACCCUCGGCUGGCUCACAUCAAGUUUCGAGCUCUAUGCCUCAUUCGAUCCCCUCACGGCCAAGCCGGCGGCCAUUAAUGCCAUUCUCAUGCUCAUCCAAUGGGUCAAGCGCGAGGAAGGCUCCCUGUUUAUCCUGCGCGCUCAGACAUUUUGA